AUGGGCCCCUAUACCGCCUCCUCAUGCUGCUGCCAGGCCCCUAAUCUGCCAUGGGCCCCCUAUAUACCGCCUCCUCAUGCUGCUGCCAGGCCCCUAAUCUGCCAUGGGCCCCUAUACCGCCUCCUCAUGCUGCUGCCAAGGUCCAGAGUGUGUCAUGGGUCCCUGUACGGCCUCCCAUUGCUGCUGUCUCCAUCGCCACACUCUGCCAUGUGCCACUUUCAGGUCUCCUCACACUGCUGGUGGUUUCCAUUUUUGUCAUAGGGUGCUGUAUGGCCUCCCAUUGCUGCUGCCAUCCACCACCACACUGUGGCUCCACCACUCUGGUUUUGGCCCCGUGACUGCGGGCCAAAUGAAAGUGCUGCGGUGAUUCUAAGAUCGACGGCAUCAUCUGCUGUCAUACUGACUGACAGUAUUAUUUCUCUUCCCCAGCAGACUCCAAGGGCAUUUAAAUUAAAGGUCAGUGUUCUGCACUAAUAUUA